AAUGUCAACACGGCAACCUCCCAUACUACGACAACCGGCCAGGUUCCAGCAGCGCACUCAACCUCCAGAGCCGCUACAAGCACGAUCGGUGGCGGUGAUGCGCCGACGACGCACAGCGGCGGCAUCGGGCAGCAGAUCAAGGGUGCCUUUGCGCAGGGACAUGGAAUGGGCGAAGUAAUUCGUGGAAAGUUCAACUCUGCUGUUGACACGGCAGCUGGAGACCCUCAGGGCAUGGCUAAGAACAAGAACGUUACCACUGGUGGCGAGAGAGAGUUUGCGACAAAGGACUUUGUGAAGAAGGGAACUUUGGACAAGGCUCUGUAG